GAAAAGCUUGCAAUUCCCACAAUUUCACAUUAGCACAGCUGCAACUACAGGAGACUGUUAAUCAACACCCAAUAUAACCUCGCAAAGAAUGGAAUCUAUUUACCUAAACUUAUUAUCGGCUCUUUUUGAAACAGUGGUCUUGAACUUUUGAUCAAUAAUCAUGUAGUAGUUGGCAUGUUGGUGAAGAAAAGAUAAGGUAAAAGAAAAAGAAGCGAGUGAGCUUGCUUUUCAUAUUUGUUGUUGAACAAAACAAAAUGAGUGUUUCUUUGACUGUUAUGACCUUUAAUCUUCAUGAAGAUCAGCCACAAGAUAGCCCAAAUUCUUGGGAGAGGAGGAGAGAUUUAUGUAUAAGUGUUAUAACAAGUUACUCUCCUAUGAUUCUCUGUACUCAACAAGGUAUUAAGUCGCAAUUGGAUCAUCUUCAACAGGGUUUGCCAGGUUAUAAUCAAUUUGGAAUAUCGAGAAAAGGAUCUCAAGACACUUCAGAUGAACACUGCAACAUCUUCUAUGACAAGGAAAAGGUAGAGCUGCUAGAAGGUGGAACAUUUUGGUUAUCAGAUUCACCCUCUGUCCCAGGAAGCAUGUCAUGGGGUGCUGCAGUUCCAUGUAUUGCAACGUGGGCUACAUUCCAAUUGAAAGGAGUUGAGCCACCAGGCUUUUCGUUUCAGAUAGUGAAUACAAACAUGGACGAAUUCAGUCCCCGUGCCCGUAGGCGAAGUGCUUUACUCACUUGGCAACAUAUUGCAUCCUUGCCUCCAAGCUUGCCAGUUGUGUAUUGUGGAGGAUUUAACACACAAAAGGAAUCAACUACAGGGCGCUUUCUUCUUGGCAGAUCAAGAGAGCAUGGUGUUGUGGGAGAUAUGAGGGAUGUGUGGCCCAAUGCCCGAGUGAGGAAAAAUGUUUCCCUCAUUCGCACUUACCAUGGAUUCAAAGGUGACAAGCAAGGUGCUCUUGAAUUCUUCAAGUUGAUCCUAAGAGCACUGUGCCUCUGCUGGGACCGACAAACUCAAGAUCUUCAUGUAGAUUGGAUUCUUUUCAGAGGCAGAUCUCUCGUUCCUGCCUUGUGUGAGGUGGUGAAUGAUAAUAUCGACGGGUAUUAUCCAUCCUCGCAUUAUCCAAUAUUCGCCGAGUUUAUGCUUCCUCGUUCUGUGCGACUGCUUGAACCACCUCCUAAUCAAGAAGAAAACUAAACUGUCAUCUGGUUUCAAGCUAGCCUCUUGCAUUCUUUUCCUAUCUGUUCUUUAGCAUUCAAGCGCUAAGAUCAUUCAUUAAUUGUUGUGGGUAUUUAGGCAGCACAAUAUAUUUGGUUUGGUCAUACAAGGAUCAUCAAGUUGAUUUUUUUUUUUUUAAAUUUUUAUUUUGCUUGUAUCUAUAGCUCUGUAAUUUGCUUACUUCCCUUCAAUAUUUAUGUUGGGGAAGAGAAAUUUUCUAUGAAGUUUUACUGCAUGGCCAUAAAAUUUUUACAACUA